CAUAAUGCAUGUGACGUAAUAAAAGUAAACAAAUACUUGACUUUUGAUUACACUUUUGUGUCUUUUUCACAAUGGAAUCGACAAACAACAACUAUUCCCGAGAGUCACUGGUAGAUUAUUCGCCAGUAGCUCGUGAAAUAUUGGAAGUAAUAAAACGUCAGAAGAGUGUCACUCCCAGCAGCUAUACCCCCAUGUCAGCUCGCUCAGUGGCCUCUGACAGAAUCUUCCAUCGAGGAUCAGCUUUUGGAUGCAGUCCCACGCCAGGGGAACAGAGUGGGAAAGUGUUUACAUAUGUCCCAACUCCACCCCUGACACCAAACUCCCAGGAUACCAGACCAUGCUCCAACCUGUCCAGAAAACUAGGGUACUCUCCUCCUCCAACCCAUUAUACUUCACACAACGAGGAGUUCGUGGAUGUCAGCAUUUCCAUGGAAAGAGGAUUGACCUACAAGUCUUAUUCGUCUACCAAGCAUCACCGUGAAAGUGAGAAACAUGGAUCAUCUUUUUCAUCUAGCUCCUUUUACGAGAACCAAUAUCAACAGGCAUACACAGCCGAAAAACCACAAAGAUUAAAAGCAAGCAGCUCAGGUAGAAUUUUUAGUCCAAACCUAGGGCUAGAGAUUGUUGGAUCUAGAAUUCCAGUCUCACCAGCUGCGGAAACUAAUGCAACUGGAAAACGGCACCAUAAACUAACCCAAUCACUGCAAGUAGAGCAUCGAUUCGAAAUCCAGGAGAAUUAUCCCCCGUCCUACUCUGGUACACCUACCACCGUGGAUCAAGUGUUUCACAUAAAGGAGCCCCCAGAAGGACAGAAUAAUGCUGAUGUUCUAAGAGUUAAACAGCAGAAAUCUAUGCAGCUAAUGAAUGAAGAGAGACAAAGAAUGUUGGAAUCACGCAGUGAGAAGUUCAGUGGCCACAAAGCCAAAGAGAAAAAAUCCAAGAAAAAGAGUAAGGCUGAGAAACGCUCUCUGAAGGGUCUGACAGACCUACCCCCCAUCCUCGACCAGAGGAAGAAACCUUACUUUCCCGAGGGCAAAAAGCAGAGAAGAGUAAAACCUGUCCCAAAAGUUUCCAAGAAAGAUGAAGAAUUCCUUAAAAAGAUGGAACUCCAAAUGGGAUAUAAGAAUAAGCUACCUUCUAUCAGCCCUGAGAACACAAGAAUGUAAAUGGUUAACUAACUGCUUACUAACAUAUAUGGCAGCAUAUGACGAAAAUUCUAUUUGGAUAUGUGUGUUUGAAAAGGGGGGGGGGGGCAAAAUAUUGCAAUAUAAUGAUAAUUCAUUUAGUUAAAUAGAAGAUAUCAUUGAACAGUAUUGUAGAGAAGUACAUCAUAUGAGUGGAGAUCAUGUCCUUAUGUAUAAUUUGUUGUAGAAUAAAUAUGGUACUAGUGAUCUUUGCACUAAAUAUAUUUGUUAAAUAUUUAAACUUUGUAUAAGGUGAAAAUAUCCUUAUUGAAAACUUCGAGAAGUCAUUAUGAAUUGAGAAGAAAGAGGAUAUGGAUUAUUCAUAUGUUGCUUAUAUGAGUCUGAAAAAAAAAAUGUUCGAAUUUUCAAAUAUACAGAGAAAUAUGCUGUUUGAUAUUUUUCCUUUCCAACAAUUGUACAUGUUUUCAAACCUUUGAAAAAAUCUAAACACUUGUUCAAGAAAUCAAACAGUACCUGUUUUAUUACAUAUUGUUAGUAAUCCAUGAAUAAUUUAUAUAAUUUAUCAUCCUC